AUGGAUAACCUAACCAUGACUGUUACGUCCAGUUUAAGUGGCAACAAUAAUAUUAACAUUAACAACAUCAAUAACAAUAAUAAUAAUAAUAAUAAUAAUAAUAAUAAUAAUAAUCAUCAUAAUCAUAAUAAUAAUCAUAAUCAUAAUAAUAAUAAAAAUAAUAACAAUAAUUGCAAAAAUGAAGGUAAUAGUGUGUCAGUGGCAGUAGCUCCCCUUCCAGGAUCAGCAAUCACCGGAGCAACGGUAUACGUUCCAGAUCCAACCUUCAAACUCUUACCAGGAUCCUGGGGAGCAUCUAGUCCUUCGGAUUCUUCAAAGAUUUCAAGUCCGGUUCUCGAAACCUCCCGCGAAUCUUAUCAACCAGCUCACGUUGUUAAAAUAAAGAUAAAUCCGAUAUUAUCAACCGAUUCCAGUGGAAAAGUGAUAUCAAGUGUUCACCUGACACCGGAUGCUGUUAAAGAUUCGACUGUGCACAAAGUGGAGUGUUUCGUAAGCCGAAAUAACAAUUACAAUAAUAUUAUUAACGACAGUGGCAGCAUAAUUGGUGAUUGUGUCCGAAUAAGCGUUAACGAUUCCGAAGAAAUGGUCCAGCGAAUGCCUGAAAGUUGCUUCUACUACGGAAAUUACCAGACCAAUCACAACAACGGAAGUAUUUUGACGAUGACCAGUGGCCAAUGUUCGCCCAGUGACACUCUAGACAGUGGAACCUGCAGUGAUUUGGACGGAACCCCUCCGCCAUUGCCGAAAAAGAAGAGCCAGUCGGUUAUUUUGCUGGAGCAGACUGGUGAACAAAAUGGCCGUGGUGGAGAAGAUGGUGGAGACAUUGCAAUUGAAAGAAACGGACACACUAGAACUGGAAGCUUGACAAGCAGCGGGGCCGAAAUAGAUAGCGAUGAUAAUGAGAGCAAUGUUAGCUGUGAUUCUCUUAAUCGGCGGGCGCAAAUUAAGGAAGAGGAAGUUGUUAAAGAUGGAGAUCAAGAUCAAGAUGGUGAAGAGAUUGUCAGUAAGCUUAAGGAGGUUGAUUUAGUUAAUGGUAAUGAUAAUGAUGAUUAUGAUAAUGACAAUGAGGGUGUCCUUUUGAAGAUUACGAAUAUUUCGACGGGAACCGAGUCCAAGGUGGAACCGUUGAGUAACGGGCAGCGGUCGUCCAGUUGUCAAUCUAACGCUAAGCCUGGAAAGAUGACGCCGAUGAUCACCGAGUGCACGUAUGAAGAGCGCAAGCGAGAGAUUGAUUGUGGAAGUAAUGGUGUUAAUAAUAAUAGUAAUAGUAAUAAUAAUAAUAAUAAUAAUAAUAAUAAUAAUAAUAAUAAUAAUAAUAUUAGUAGCAGUAGUAUUAGUAGCAGUAGUACUAGUAGCAAUAAUAAUGGUAGUUGUAAUAAUAGCAAUGAAGAUGAUAGAAACAGUGGUAAUGAAGGCCAGGGGGUUAAGUAUGUUUAUGAGGACGACAGGUACUACAAGUUUCAUAUUAAUGAGCUGGAGCCUGAGGGUGAUGAGAAGAAAAAAGGGCUAGAGUGUGAAAACGAUGAAUUUUUCGCAGGAUAUAAAAUUCUUGAUAAGGAAGCCAUAAGAAGUGCCAAGGGAACUGUCAGGGGAGUUAAAAAUCGGGUUCGCGCUGGAAUUGCUACUUUUUUGCAGAACCCUUCUUCCAAAGAGCCAAGAAGCUGGCAAGUCGAGAGCCGAGUCCCGAGUUUAAGAGGAAAAGAGAGAGACAAAUCGGGUGGGAAAAGAGAAAGCGGGUCAAAGAGACCGCGACAACGACAAACGCAGAACGUUAACGACCAAAUGUCAGACUCUUCAUUGAAUUCUUUAUCUACUUAUUCAUUUUCUUUUGUUCAACGUACUUUUAUUAUUUUUCAACAUGCUCAUUGA